AUUCAUCUCAUUAUCGUAUCAAUCGCCAAGGACGGAAGAAUCUCCACACAAGAACCACCAAGAUCCUCCUCCCGACACUUAAAGAGCCACAAUGUUGCUAAAUAAGCUCAUGUUCUGGCUCAUGAUAACAGAGGCCGUCGUGUGUCUGCUGCUGAGCCUCCCGUUCGGCCAGUGGAUCGCGCACGCCGUCAUCACCUUCCUAGCGAAGACUCUAAAGGACACCCCAGCCAGUACAGUCGCCACCGUGGUGCUCUCCAUAAUUUCGCUGCUCUUUAUUUCGGAUGUCAUGACAGUUUACAAGCACCACUCUUCGGACGAGGUGUUGGGCGAUGGCUUGCGUAUCCGUCUGCUCACAGCGCAGCGGGACAUGUACAUCACGGGCUUCUGCCUCUUCCUGUUCCUCCUUCUACGCCUCGUAUACAUCACUUUAGCCACUAACCUGCGCUUGGAGAAGAACUUGGCAGCUAUGAAGAAGCAGGCGGAGGGCGCUGCAGCUGGCUACAAGUCGCUAUUAGCGGAGAAUGAGUCAUUUAAGAUACAAACAGAGAAGCUGCACCAGAUGUUUGGAGAUGAAGAAGGAGAAGAGAAGAAGAAGAAAGUGGACGCUCUCGCCAGAUUGGUGCAGGAGAAUGCGGAUCUGGAGCGCAAGAUCGAGACCUUGGACGAGAAACUUAAGAAGGCUGAAGACCAGGUCGCUGCUGUGACUAAACAAGCGGAAGGACAGAGCUCGGCGUUCAUGAAACUAAUGGACGAGAAGAAUGAGUCGGACAAGCAGCUUGAGACGGCCAAGGCGCAGGAAGAAGAGAUCAAGCGCCAACGCGACGAGAUCGCGAGUCUGAAGGCGGAAUGCGACUCCUUGAAGACUCAGAUCCAGGACUACGACUUUAUGUUCGCCGAAGCUAAGAAGAAAGCUGAAUAA